ACGUUUAUUUGAUUAUCAAAUUGGCAUGCAACAACAAGGAGGGAUGAUGAGGAACUCGCCGUCAUAUAGCUCUGGAGGACAUUCUCGUAAUUUCGAUACCAUUUGGUCUCCACUCGUCAAAACCGGCACCGUUGCUUCUAACCGAUCCUACGCUUUCUUCUCCCUCUUCCUCUUCCUCCUCCUCGGCGCGUUCCUCUCCACGCGCCUCCUCCUCGACCCUUCCGUUUUGAUAGAGAAAGAAACGGUGGCCGUGACUGAUAGAGGAACGACCGAAUCCCCAAAAUACCCUCAGUCGACUAAGCUAAUUACGGAAAAACCAAAAGAGUUCACGCUAAACUGCGCCGGUAUCUCCGGUAACGACACUGUGACUUGCCCAAAGAACAAUUAUCCGACGAGUUUCCGAUCCAACGCCGGAGAAAGCGAACCAGACCAUUCGCCAUCCGCCACGUGUCCCGACUAUUUCCGAUGGAUCCACGAGGAUCUACGGCCGUGGGAGAAGACAGGGAUCACGAGGGAAGCCUUGGAGCGAGCCAAUGCGACGGCGAAUUUCCGGCUGGCGAUUAUCAACGGGAGAAUCUACGUCGAGAAGUUUCGUGAGGCUUUUCAGACGAGAGAUGUGUUCACGAUUUGGGGAUUCGUGCAGCUCCUACGGAGAUAUCCGGGAAAGAUUCCGGAUCUCGAGCUUAUGUUUGACUGCGUUGAUUGGCCGGUAGUGAAGGCGGCGGAAUUCGCCGGAGUUGAUCAACCUCCGCCGCCGCCAUUGUUCCGUUAUUGUGCGAACGACGAGACACUCGACAUUGUAUUUCCUGAUUGGUCUUAUUGGGGAUGGGCUGAAGUGAAUAUAAAGCCAUGGGAGAGUCUAUUGAAAGAACUAAGAGAAGGGAACCAGAGGACUAAAUGGAUAGACAGAGAACCUUAUGCUUACUGGAAAGGGAAUCCAACGGUUGCUGAGACGAGACUUGAUCUCAUGAAAUGUAAUGUCUCCGAGGAGUAUGACUGGAAAGCUCGUUUGUACAAGCAGGAUUGGGUCAAGGAAUCAAAGGAAGGUUACAAGCAGUCAGACUUGGCGAGCCAAUGCCAUCACAGGUACAAGAUUUACAUAGAAGGGUCUGCAUGGUCGGUGAGUGAGAAGUACAUUCUGGCAUGUGACUCGGUGACAUUGAUGGUCAAACCUCAUUACUACGAUUUCUUCACACGAGGUAUGUUUCCAGGACACCAUUAUUGGCCCGUCAAGGAAGACGACAAAUGUCGCUCCAUCAAAUUCGCCGUUGAUUGGGGCAACUUGCAUAUGCGAAAGGCACAAGACAUAGGGAAGAAGGCAAGUGAGUUUGUGCAACAAGAACUUAAAAUGGACUAUGUGUACGAUUACAUGUUCCAUCUCUUAAUCCAAUACUCUAAACUCCUCCGGUUUAAACCCGAGAUCCCUCAGAACUCUACCGAGCUCUGCUCAGAGGCAAUGGCGUGCCCGAGGGAUGGAAAUGAGCGGAAGUUUAUGAUGGAAUCACUCGUGAAACACCCAGCUGAGACAGGUCCAUGCGCCAUGCCGCCUCCGUAUGAUCCAGCAUCGUUUUAUUCGGUUCUGAAAAGGAGGCAGAGUACGACUAGUAGAAUCGAACAGUGGGAGAGUAAGUACUGGAGGAAGCAGAACAAGACCGGUUCGUAAAAUUUGAUUGGCGUAUAAAGUUUUGUUGUGUAG